AUGGCUGCAAACUAUUCCCGAAGGGAACCUAUUGCGAUAGUCGGCAGCGCAUGCCGGUUCCCAGGCCCUGCAUCAAACCCAUCGAAGCUCUGGGAGUUCCUAGAAGCCCCUUUCGACAUCUCAAGAGAGAUCCCAUCCAGUCGCUUUAAUGUUGAUGGCUUCUAUCAUCCAGAAGGCAGCCACCAUGGCACCUCAAAUACUCGGAGAUCAUAUUUUAUGGAAGCAGACCAUCGCCUUUUCGACGCGGCCUUUUUCCAGAUACACCCUCGCGAAGCAGAGACCAUGGAUCCCCAGCAGCGGUUGCUUCUCGAAACGGUCUUCGAGGGGCUGGAGUCAGCCGGCAUGACGAUUGAAGGCAUGCAGGGCUCGCAAACAUCAGUCUUUGUUGGAGGGAUGAGUUACGAUUUUAGAGAUUCUACAUCUAUUCGGGAUCCAGCCAGCAUUCCAGAAUAUGCUGCUACUGGUACCCAUGCAAGUAUUCUUGCCGCGAGAAUAUCCUACUUCUUCGACUGGAAGGGGCCUUGUAUGAGUAUAGAUACUGCAUGCUCGUCCAGUCUUGUUGCCGUGCAUCAAGCCGUCCAAACGCUGCGCAAUGGAGAUGCAACUGUUGCUGUAGCUGCGGGGAGCAAUCUAAUUCUCGGACCUGAACAGUAUAUUGCUCUGUCUAAUCUCCAAAUGCUAUCUCCAAAUGGUCACAUUAGGAUGUGGGACUCGGAAUCAGACGGCUAUGCUCGGGGGGAAGGAUUUGGUGCUGUCGUGCUCAAAACUCUUAGCCAGGCAUUGCAAGAUGGAGAUUACAUAGAGUGUAUCAUCCGAGAGACCGGAGUUGGACAAGAUGGAAAAACGACCGGUAUAACUAUGCCAAGUGCUACUGCACAAACUGCUCUGAUUCGAAAAACAUAUGAGCGAGCAGGCCUCGACCUUCGGAAGAAGUCAGAUCAUCCCCAAUACUUUGAGGCGCAUGGCACGGGAACCCCAGCUGGCGAUCCAAUAGAGGCAGAGGCCAUUCAUGAAGCCUUUUUUGGAGUAAUUCAUGAGCCAAGCUCAUCGGUCGAAUCCGGGCACACGCCCCUUUUCGUGGGCUCAGUCAAGACGGCAAUUGGACAUCUGGAAGGUGCUGCUGGAAUAGCCGGACUUUUAAAAGCGUCUUGUGCAAUUCAGAAUGCAGCCAUUCCGCCUAAUCUCCAUUUCAAUACGCUGAACCCCAAAAUCGAGCCAUUUUAUGGGCAAAUUCAAAUACCCACAACGAAGCAACCAUGGCCAGAGAUCAUAGCGGGAAGUCCAAGGAGAGCUAGCAUCAAUAGUUUUGGCUUUGGCGGAACUAAUGCGCAUGUGAUCAUCGAGAGUUUUGAGAAUCCGCCAGCCACAACUGCACGGAGAGCUUCCACCGAAGCGCUUAUAACGCCUAUAGUUAUUUCUGCCAAAUCUGAACGAUCACUGGCAUCACGUACCCAAGCGAUUGCCCGGUAUAUUGAAGAAAAUCCACAGAUCGACCUUGAAGACCUAGCGUACACAUUACAGUCCCGUCGAUCUCAGUUUCAAUUUCGAUUAGCAAUAAGCGCAUCGUCGAGAGAUCAGCUACUCUCAAGAAUAGAGGAGACUCUACAACCUCCGAAAACAUCUCUAGGGUUCCGGUCGCAAGUUUCGAACUCCCGAUUGCUUGGAAUCUUUACUGGACAGGGUGCACAAUAUGCCAUGAUGGGCAAGGAUCUUCUUGAGGGAUCUUCCCUAGCAACUAAUAUCGUUGCUGAUCUUGAACUUUCCCUUGCCACUCUUCCAGACCCGCCAAAGUGGUCUAUCAAGCAAGAACUUUUUGCCCCUGCAUCAACCUCCCGAUUAGGUGAAGCAGCGCUAUCUCAACCUCUAUGUACUGCCAUCCAAGUGGUACUAGUUGACCUUUUACGGUUGGCUGGCGUCUCCUUCGAUACCGUAGUAGGCCAUUCCUCCGGGGAAAUUGGAGCGGCAUAUACGGCAGGUUAUAUUUCAGCAUUUGACGCAAUUAGGAUAGCAUAUUAUCGAGGUUUACAUGCAGGUCUCGCUGGUGGCAAGGAUGGAUCCAAAGGGGCCAUGAUGGCUGUGGGACUGUCUUUUGAAGAUGCAACAGCAUUCUGCUCUGGAGCUCAGUUUACAGGCCGGAUAUCUGUGGCAGCAAGCAACUCGCCAUCCAGCUGUACGCUCUCGGGGGAUAGCAAUAUGAUUGAUGAGGCAAAGGCUGUCCUAGAGGAGCAAAAUACAUUUGCUAGACGCCUUGUCGUCGAUACCGCCUACCAUUCGCACCACAUGCGGAACUGUUCGGAGCCUUAUCUCAAAUCUCUCCUUCAGUGUGGGAUAACAGUCUUGCCAGAUGGCGGGCGCCAAUGCAAAUGGAUUUCAAGUGUGCAUGAACUAGGACAACUGACUGAGCUUGACAGCACAUACUGGGUGGAUAACAUGAUCAAACCUGUUUUGUUCUCUCAGGCAGUAACCAAAGCUAUUUCAAGAUCUGCGCCUUUCGAUAUCGCGGUAGAAGUUGGGCCUCACCCGGCCUUGAAAGGGCCAGCAACCGAGACGCUUAUAGCAUCUGCACAGUCUACUGAAAAGCCAGCAACGAUUUCUUAUGUUGGAACCCUGGAGCGAAAGAAGGGUAGCAUAAAGGCAAUGUCAACAAAUCUAGGUCUUAUUUGGGAGCGCAAACGCUCGUCAAGCGUAUAUUUUGAGACAUAUCGUGCGGCAUUUCGAGGGUUUGAAAACGGUCGUCCGACCGUGCUGAAAAAUCUCCCCUCCUAUUCUUGGGACCAUCAGCAAGAUUUUUACAGAGAAUCAAGGCUGUCCAGGAAAUAUCGGAUACGGGACACUCCUCAUCACGACCUACUGGGUACCCGCGAGCCAAGUGAUAGUGAUCACGAAAUGAGGUGGAGAAACAUACUUUCCUUCAAGGAAAUACCAUGGCUCAGGGACCAUGGGCUCCAGGGCCAAGCCGUGGUUCCUGCAAUGUGGUAUGUUGUUAUGGCACUGGAGGCGGCCCGAACUCUUUGUUCUGCACAUGAGAUCCAAAGUAUGGAAAUUCUGAAUUUUGAGAUCAUCAAGGCCAUUACGCUCGAAGAAGGUUCCACAAGUGAAACAAUAAUCACCAUCAAACACAAUACACAAGAGCCAGGAAAGGAAGCUAUUGCACUGUCCGUUUCGUGCUCUUCUGGGGGACAACUCUCGUCUGCUUCUUUGGACCCAACCUUCGAGGCAAACAUUAUUGUCCAUCUGGAAGAUAUGCAACUGGAUUCAAUCCCUUCAAUGUCUCAUGAUGCUCAGUCAAUGGAUGCUGUUGAUGCUGAUCGAUUUUAUACCCAUCUUCAAGAUACUGGAUAUCGGUACUCUGGACUUUUCAGAGGCCUAAGUUCAAUAUACAAACAGGGCCAUACUUCGACAGCUACAACAACAAUGCUAGAGACUGACUACUUGGCACAUCCCGCAACUCUUGAUCUUGGCUUGCAAACAAUGCUCGCUGCAUUCCACUCACUCAAUGAUGGGUAUUUCUCGCCAUUGCUCAUACCGCGAAGAAUUAGCCGCCUUCUAGUCAAUAUCCGAUCCGGCCAGAGGCGCCCGCAUGGCUCGAAAGUUUCGUUUCAUUCAGUUGUGUUAAAGCAUUCACAUUCUGGAAUGUCUGGAGACAUCGAUAUUGUAAACGAUGACGGGCAGCUUGAGGUUCAGAUUGAGGAUGUUUCAUGGAUGCCACUCACCACUAUGCAACCAUCAAACGAUAGAAGGUUGUUUUCCACCACAGUGUGGAAGCCGGAUAUCCUAAGUCCUGCUCCGAUCCAUGCUCCAGAGUAUUCUACGCAAGAGCAAGACCUUGUUGCGGCUUGCGAUCGGGUAGCAUGGUACUAUUACCGAGCCUUGAAGCAAAAUAUAACCCCAGAAGAGCUUCGCACUUCUGAAUGGCAUCACCGGAGACUGUUUGCAUACAUUGAUCAUCUUCUCCCUCAGCUUUCAGCUGGUAAGAUCCCUACUGUCAAGCGAGAAUGGGCAAAUGAUACGCAUGAAAAGAUCCUCUCUAUUGUUGAGCAACACUCCAACUGUGCGGAUCUGCAGUUGAUUCGCACCGUGGGUGAGAAUUUACCAAUUGCUAUUAGAGAGCGAAGAACUAUGCUUGAGUUCAUGAUGGAAGGGGAUAAACUGAAUCAAUACUACCAACUCGGCCUUGGGUAUCAGAAGGCAUAUGCUAUUCUUGAAACGAUGGUUGAGCGAAUCGCUCAUCGCUACCCAAAAAUGAAAGUCCUUGAAGUUGGUGCUGGGACUGGUGGGGCAACAGGCCAUGUUUUGCAAGCUCUAAAAAACUACUUCUUGUCGUACACCUUUACAGAUGUGUCGUCGGGCUUCUUUGAGAAAGCACAAUGUCGGUUCCAAGAUCAUGCCCAGAAAAUGAUCUUCAAGACCUUCGAUUUAGAACGAGAUCCCAUAGACCAAGGAUACGAUGAACAUUCCUAUGAUUUGGUUAUUGGGUCCCUGGUUCUUCACGCCACAAAGUCCCUCAAUGCUACUCUGUCUUAUGUCAGGUCACUUCUCAAACCUGGAGGAUUCCUAUUGCUGGUUGAAGGCUCCGAAGCUACCUUGCGAAGUGGAUUUAUGAUGUCUGGAUUGCCUGGGUGGUGGGUAGGAGGUGAUGAUAGGAAAUGGGGACCCAUGGUUAGCCCAGAAAGAUGGGAUGCUCUGCUUCGAGAGAGCGGCUUCUCAGGAAUCGACAGAAUUGUGCAUGACAGCAACUUCCCUUUCGUGAAUCUUGGAGGGGUGCUUGUUUCCCAAGCUACUGACAACUCAGUAAACUUUCUUCGAAAUCCACUAGGACUUUCUAGCACGGAUUCGCCACUUCAGCAGAUAUCUAUUUUGGGUGGUUGCUCCCCCGAAACCGGAUUGCUAGUGGAAAAUAUCUCGUCGAUUUUGGCAGACAUUGCUCAAGUGCAAUUCCAUGCCAAGUCAGUCCGUAUCUCGGAGCUAUCAAGCCUACCCCAUGGGAACCCUAUACUAUGUUUGGCGGAAUUGGAUGAUCCCAUUUUCAAGAACCUCACACAACAAAAACAUCAAGGUCUUCAAAAGAUAUUUGUUCAAGCCGAUAGGAUACUCUUCGUUACUCGAACCGACGGACUAGACUAUCCAUAUUCAAGCAUCUUGCUCGGGCUUGUACGCUCAUUGAGACUGGAGGUACCUCACUUACGGAUUCAGGUCUUAGGGAUAAAGAGCGAGAGCUUGGGCGCGAAAGUCAUUGCUGAAACAUUCAUCAGAUUGGUGCAUAUGCCAUCUACAAGCCCCUGCGGUGUUUUGUCAAACUUUGAGCCUGAAAUUGAAUAUGGCGGUGGUGUUUUCUCUAUACCGAGAAUUGUAGAGGAUGUUUCUCCAAAUAACCGACUCAAUUCUCAACGUCGACAUAUUACUGAAGGCAUUAAUCCCUUGGAAACUUCUGUUGAAGUGCUCGUGGAAAAGACCUCUUAUGUUUUGCGACAGCGAAAGGUUACAACUGAUAGCACUACUUCUCCGGUUACUGUUACUCAUUCUACUUUGCAAAAGGUACAAAUUGGAUCCUCCCGGUUCUAUAUUUGCCUCGGGCACCUUUCUUCUCCUAGAAAACAAAUCAUUGCUCUGUCGGAAGUUCAAGCUUCCGUCAUCACACCGGCCGCCUCGGUGUAUUUUGAGACGAGUGUGGAGAUUGGAAAAGAAGCACAGUUCCUAUAUCUCUUGUCUUGCCAACUAGUCGCGCAGACUUUGUUGCCUUACGGUUCGGUAUUGGUGCACGAAGGCGAUCCCAUACUCUGUGAGAUACUUUCAAACGAAGCUCAACGGUGUGGUCACCAUAUAAGGGUGACAUUCUCAUCAUCAAAGAGAACGGAAUCUUCACCAAAAUCAACACUUCACAUUCACCCCCAUGCUACUCAACGCAGCAUCAGACAAGUCCUGGAUAAAGUACCUAUCAAAACAUUUAUUGAUUGCUCUCAGCACCAUUUGAGUUCAAAAAUCAAAGCUUGCUUUGAGGACGUUACCUGUGUCGAUAUUUUUUCGAAUGAGUAUCAGAGUGAGUAUGCAAAAUUUGGCGUUGGAAUGGCCGCAACGGAAACUUGCUUGCAGGCGCUUCCAUCCAUCACCGAUUUUGAAAUUCGGGGCCAUGAGGAUUUCUUACAGGAGCGUGAAAUCUCUCUAUCAAACGUUUCUAGAAUCAAGCCCAACAGCCACAGUCUACGCAUCAUCAACUGGGCUCAAGACGUUGUAUUACCUGUCCAGGUUACAACAGUGAUGGACUCAUUCACAUUAUUUUCCAAGAAUAAAACCUACCUCCUCGUGGGCCUCACGGGAACUAUGGGUAGAUCACUAUGCGAGUGGAUGAUCACUCAAGGUGCGCGUUAUAUUGUUCUCACCAGCCGAAACCCCCAGCCUGAUAAAAACUGGAUUGAGAAGAUGUCGAGUGCCGGAGCAAUAGUCAAAAUAUCCGCUUUGGAUAUUAGGGAUAAGGAUGGUCUCCGUUCCCUUCAUGACGAGAUGGCUCUUCAACUUCCACCAGUUGGGGGCGUAGUUAACGGAGCCAUGGUAUUGCGAGACGGUGCAUUUCAAGACAUGACUUACGAGGCGAUGGAUGAAUGCUUGGGUCCAAAAGUUGAUGGAAGUCGGCAUCUUGAUGAAUUAUUUGCGGAUACCCCUUUGGAAUUCUUCAUCAUGUUCUCUUCGAUUGCCUGGGUUGUGGGGAAUCCUGGCCAGUCUAAUUACUCAGCUGCAAACGGCUUUAUGUCUGCGCUUGCAAGUGCUCGGAGGAUACGGGGGCUUGCUGCCUCUACUAUGAGCAUUGGAGUUGUUUCUGGUGUUGGGUACCUUGCUCGGACUAAAGGUGGCCAAGAACAUGAACACGCGAAGAGGAGAAAUGUCAUGACCAUUUCUGCUGAGGAGCUUCAGACCAUUUUUGCCGAAGCAAUUGUAGCUGGAAGGUCCGAUCCUAGUCAUGGCUCCGAAAUUAUCGCCGGCCUUGAUGGUUCGAUUGACACUGGCGUUACGCCCAGAGAGUCCCUGUCGGCCUGGCUAGCAGAUCCAAGAGUGUCGAGGCUUGUUAUUGACAAGAAUGACCAAUUAUCGCAACAGAAUGUGUCAGUUAAAGCGGAUAUCGUCCCGCUCAAACAACAAUUAUCUUCCUCGAGUAGCCAUGUCCAGUCCUUAACCGCCAUGACAACAGCCUUCCUAACAAAAAUCGAGAGAAUGCUGCUUCUUGAAACUGGGAGCAUUGUUGACAGCUCUUCUCUUGCAGAGAUGGGCGUGGAUUCCUUGCUUGCUGUCGAAAUUAGAAGUUGGUUCCUGGUUGAGCUUAAAGUUGACGUGCCUAUCCUUAAAAUUCUGGGUGGUGCGACUGUAGCGGAGCUGUCAUCUAUUGUUCUUGCCCAACUUGAAGAACAAAGCAAAGUAGCACAGGCAGCAAAAAGCAAGGCCGAAGAAACCGGAAGCCAGGUUGAAGAUUCAGCGUCCUCCGUUGAAGAAAGUUAUACGCCACUUACUGACGCUGAGUCUUCUGGAGCUGACAGGAGCGAGCUGAUGUCGUUUGCUCAAGCUAGAAUGUGGCGCGUCCAUCAACAUACCGCCGCGGCCAGAGUGAAUAAUUUAUCCUGGGCAUACCGAAUUGAUGGGCCUGUGGAUAUUCCACGAUUCGAGAAGGCAUUCGCUACAACAGUGGGCCUCUAUGAGUCUCUUCGAACCCGCUUCUUUAACCACGAAGAUAGUGGCCAGCCAAUGCAAGAAAUUAUGGCUCGGUCAAUGGUGCAACUCCUUGUUAAGACCGUGUCGAGUGACGAAGAAGUGGACAUAGAGUUUGAGAGUAUAAAUAACCGUCGUUAUGAUCUUCCGAGUGGCAACACCAUGAGUGCUGCUCUCCUGUCCCUUACAGAAAACUCGCACGCAUUCAUAGGAGGCUUCCACCAUAUUGUCCUUGACACACGAAGUAUUGAGAUCUUCCUCGCAGAUCUCGACCGAGCCUACCGGCAACUCGAAGUGAAAGCUGCCCCGAAACAGCCUGCAGACUAUGCCGUCCUUGAGCAGAUCGCACUUACGACGGGAACCUGGAGCGAGAGCCAAACAUUCUGGAAACAGCAGCAUAUAUCUCACCCUAAUAUCCUCCCACUAUUCCCUUUCUCGCAAGUCAAGGAACGCCAGACAAUGUCAGGUUACAAACUUCACUGCGUCCGGCGCGACCUCCACUCUAAAACUGCAGCCUCCAUUAAGCGCGUCUGCAAAACCCUCAAGAUCUCACCGUACCAUCUGCACACGGCGGUCUUCCAAGUAUUACUCCACCGCAUCCUCAACAUAAACGACAUAUGCAUUGGUAGCGUGGACGCAAAUCGCACAGAGCACGCAUACCGUGACGUCUUCGGUCCCUUCUUCAAUUACCUCCCAAUCCGCUUCCUUAUUAACCCCUCAUCGUCAUUCCAAGAACUCGCUCUUGCGACGAGGAAAACAUGUUACGCUGCGCAAGGUCACGCGCAAUAUCCUUUUGACAAAAUCCUCGAUGACUUAAGGAUUGAGCGUAUGCCAGCCACCCAUCACCCGCUGUACCAAGCACAGAUGAAUUAUCUGAGGCAUACGAUUGAGGAGGUGCCAUUUGGACCUAGAGAUUUGGGGAUGUUCUUGAGAGAGAGGAAUGCCAGUGGUGUAGAUGUUAGUUACGAUUUUUGUGUCAGUGUUUUGGAGACCGGGGGUGGUGAGGGGGCGAGGGUGCUGUUCCAUGCGCAGGACUAUCUUUAUGGGGUGAAGGAGUUAGAAGAGCUUGCAUCCACGUAUAUGAGGAUUCUUGAGGGGUGCUUGAGUGACCCGGGAAGUAUCGUGGGGAAUGUCGGUGUUGGGGAGGUGAUGGCUAGGAGAUAG